AUGGGGCGAGGCGGCGCGACUUCUCCCCGGCUGCCCGUGCAGGCAGGUGUGCGCCGCAGGGAGUCGAUCGAUCGGCGACCCUGGGCCGGCUGCCGGAAGACACCCCCUGAGGGCCAUUUGACCGACGCCCAGGAGCAGGAGCAGGGCGGGAAAGCGCGCGGGCCGGCGGCCAGGAGGCGGGGACCAAAAAGGGCGACAGCCUCCCCGUCGGGGAAUCGAACCCCGGUCUCCCGCGUGACAGGCGGGGAUACUCACCACUAUACUAACGAGGACGGCAAUGGCCCCUUUGGGCCCACGACGCUUGCCGGCUGCCCGCCCGACCCUUUCCCUCGCCGCCGCCGCCGACCCACGCCCAGACACGCCCACCAACCAGCCUCCCACCGGGACCCGGACAUCGCCACGACCCCCACCCCCCCACCACCACCACCCAGGCGGCUCCGGACCGUGACCCCGACCCGCUCCCGGCUCCCACAUGCGGUUGGAGGCUGGCGGCAAGCGGCUGAGCCGGCGCGGCCGGGCUGGGUCGCGGGUGGGGGCGAGACGGCGUCGGCGGCGGAGACAGCGGGUUUUGCCGCCGUGGCUCCCCCUCGGCCCGCGCGCGGCCGCUCCACCAGGCACCGCGACGGCCACUUAGGAGGCACGGCGAACGCCCAAGGCCACGAGUGUUGGCGCCUGAUCCCAGCCAGCCGAGCGGCGACGCGCCGGGUCUCGCCUCCCGUCCUGGAGGGCGAGCCUCCAGACCCUCGCCGCUCGCUUCUCAGACCCACCCACCCUUCCCUCACACCCGCCGGCGAAGCACAAACAGCCCAGCGCAACGCUGCUCCCCACCCGGUGAACAGCAAGUGCUCUCAGUGCCCAUCCCUGCUGCACCCUUUGCCUACGUCCUGUCCAUGCCAAUACCGCCGUCACCUGCCUUCCCCGCCCACCCUAACGUCCCUUCGGACCCCCACCGUCUCCUACGAUUGCCCGUGCCGCUCUCUCGUCCCGUUUGAAGACGGCUCCGUUGACUUGUGGGCAGAACCCUUAGAUCCCCGACACCCGCCCACCAACGUCGGCCCCCACCCAACCCGAGCCAACAGCACCAGCGCGCUGCCGUGCCGCGACAGCCCGUUGUGCCCCCCGGGGCCCCUGGCGAGUGCCGUCGGCCAGAAGGUGGAAGUGAGCCUCACGCGGAUUGGUCGUCAUACCGGACGUCCCUCGGCUGGCGGGCGGGAGUCCGAGGCGCGGCACCCGUCCGCCUUCUCCGGGGAAGGGGGCUACGGGAGGGGGACGCUGCACCGGGCCCUUCGGCUCACGGCGCUCCGGGCGCCCGCCUGGCCUGGUCCGGCCGCUGCCUUCCUCCGCGGGACCCCAGCGUUCUCGCGGCCCCGGGCCUCAGGGAGAGCGCAGGCCCGUGCGAGACUGCCUGUCUCUCGCCGCGCCUCGACGUGUCUGGCGCCUCUCGCCCGGGUCGCCCACCCGCUCCCUGGCCGCCGGCACGCGCCGCCUGGCGCGCUCCGGGAGUGCCGGAUGCCCGCUGCAGGCAGCGACUGGUGUCGGGCGGCUGGUGGCGAGCGGGCGCUGGGGCCAAGCGUGGCGAGCCCGGGCAGCGGCGCAUGGAUCCUUCCCCACACCACCCGCUCCGCUCCCGCCAGCCCCCCAUUCCCCGCGCCCCUCUCGCCCUACAGACCCAACAGGGGCCCCGUCCAGCACUUCUCCGGCUCGGCCACCCCUCCACCCGGCACCUCCCCCUGGAUCUUCAGCCAGCGCUCACUAGCAAGCAGCCAUCUCCUGGCAGGUCACCGGCUCGCACCAUUGCCUGCUUCGAACUCACACCUUAGCCUGAUGGCCUUGGGCGGCAACACCUCAAGCUCGCCCGAAACGACCCGUCUCCCGCUCUUGCCCGUCUGGGCUCCACCACGGCCCAUGGCACCUGCGCCUGCCACGGCGACCCAUCGUCCUGAAGCCUCCGCACAGCCGCUGCCUGGCCCGCCAGCUGUAUUCCCGUCCACUCCGAGCAAGCUGGGCUACCCUCCGCUGGGACGUCUCAAGGCUGAUUUUCGCAUCGACGUCUCCCGGCCACCGUGGCCCGGGUCUCAGCGCCCACAGGCUUCCAUCAGGGCGCAAGAGCCAGAGCCGUGGCUGGCAUGA